AGAGAGGAUUCAGCACCACAAGAGACACAGCUCAGAGACAAGAGGAGGGUGGACCUGUACAAUCCCUUUUGCACACACUCAGAAAAGAAAUCACCCGAGAAACGGAGAGACAACAUAACCCUGCCUGUGUUGUGUGAGAGUGGGAGGGCGUAUCAGUGGACCAAGCACACCAUUUGUGACGGGACCUUGUUGGAAAGCAGAGGAUUUCUGUGUCCUACUACUACAGUGACUGUGUUUGUGUGUGUGUGUGUGUGUGUGUGUGUGUGUGUGAGUGUGUGUGUGUGUGUGUAUGUGGACGUGUCAGUGUGUGUGACAAUACCAGGCAGGAGUUCUGCUGGAUGAGCAUAGCUGGGCAAGAUGAGUUUGGACCCUGUGCAGGUCAUGAAAGGCCAGGAGCCCACAGCAAUCCCAACCCCCACCACUCCCAAUGGCGACAGCAAAGGAUCAUGGGAUAGCAGCAAGGAUGCUUAUGAGCACAUAGGUUCUACCAAGAAACCAAGAUCACCCAAACCAGAGAAUGCAGUGACUAUUGCAGUGUCAUCACGGGUGCUCUUCCGCACAGAGAAAGAGCAAAAGGUGUUUGACCAGAUGGGAGUUGAAGAGUAUCUGCGAUAUCAAAUGGAGCAUGAGAAUGAGCCUUUUGCCCCGGGGCCUGCUUUCCCAUUUGUCAAGGCCCUGGAUGCCGUGAAUAAUCAGCUGCGUGAGCUUUAUCCCGAAAGUGAAGAGCUCUUCGACAUUGUCCUGGUCACCUAUAACCAUGCCCAUGUGGGAAUCAGACUCAUCAACACCAUCAAUUACCACAACCUGUUUAUUGAACGCUUUUGCAUGACUGGGGGCAGCAGCCCUAUUGGUUAUCUGAAGGCAUGGCACACCAACCUCUAUCUGUCAGCAGAUGCUGAAAAAGUGAAAGAGGCCCUUUCUGAGGGCAUUGCAGCUGCCACUAUGUUCAUGUCAGAGAAGCAGACCGAAGUGUCCGAGACCCAACUGAGGGUAGCAUUUGACGGAGAUGCCGUUCUCUUCUCUGAUGAGUCGGAACGCAUCUUUAAAGCUCACGGUUUGGACAAGUUCUUUGAGCAUGAGCGAGAAAAUGAGAAUACACUUCUAGAUUGUGGUCCACUGAAGGGCUUCCUGGAGCUUCUGGGGAAGCUCCAAAAGAAGUUCUAUGCAAAGGGUCAUCGCUUGGACUGUCCCAUCCGCACCUACUUGGUGACCGCACGAUCUGCUGCCAGCUCUGGGAUCCGCGCUCUGAAAACACUCCGAGCCUGGGGCCUGGAAACAGAUGAAGCACUGUUUCUCGCUGGAGCACCAAAGGGCCCAAUGUUGGAGAAGAUACGGCCGCACAUCUACUUUGAUGACCAAAUGUUCCAUGUGGAGGGGGCAGCAGAAAUGGGCACGGUUGCAGCACAUGUGCCCUAUGGUAUUGCUCAGAAACACCCCCACAAGAAGAGCUCCAAGUAGCAGGAGCAGGGUGUAGACACCACAAGAUCCUUGGGGUGAAGCUACUACACCCAGAUGGUUGGAUGAAGUUUGUGUGGCCAACUUAGGUGAAACAUUCUGGACAUGUCGAUUUCUGGGAAGCACUUUGUUGUAAUGACUGUGAAACUCACAUUAUUAUUAUUUUAUUUUUUUCAUUUCAAAUAGCAAACAAAAAAACAUGCAUGCCUCCCAAGUUUUUCAGAAAUACCAAUAGUUUAUUUUUCAAUAGAUACGGACAGGGGAUUCUUUCUUAUGUGAUGGAAGGCUAAAUGUAUCAGUUUGUUGGUGUUAUUCUGAGUAAAUGCAAUGCAUUGAUCUCACCAAGUCAAAGGUAUAGUACUUUAUUAAUGUACAUGCAGUAUAAGUACAUAAUCUCUUCUAUUAUAAAACAAUGUAUUCCUCUUCUCAAACUAAAUCUUCACUGGGAGGUUUAUUAUAACAUAUUUUUGCUAUUAGAUAGGGUAGCAUUUACUGAUUUUAUUACAGUGCAUGAGUUUACCUGACAAUAAGAGGCAGAUGAUUGAUAGAAAGUGCCUGCAUAUUUUUCUAUGCAGUGGUCUGACACCACUUUCCUUUUAUGUGUGUAUUAAGCCAUAGUCAGACUCAGUCCUCUGAUUUUAUUGUGUAAAACAGUGUUCUUACUAUUGUAUGAUUUUCUUUUUUUUAAACAGGAAGCUUUAUUUUUCUAUUAUAGUAAAAUUAACAUGGGUGUUGUGUAUGAGCUAUGCAAGUAGAAAGAAAACAGAAUGCUGCUUGUUGUCAAAGCUUCCCUUAGAUGAAAACAAAAUGACGGAAGCAUAUACAGUAUGUAGCAUGAUUCCAAUGGCAAUGCAAUUUACAAUUUGCAACUCGCAAAGUGUAGUUUGCAAGUGAAUCCUCAAUUCAGUUUGUGCUCAAAAACUGUGUGUUCUACCCAAAGUAAUUCAGAAUGGUUUCAGGGUGGCAUUGUCACUUUUUCAAAAUAUGAUAACAAAAUGCAAGCCCACAUUGAACAUUAAAUAUCAAAUUGCAAAAUUAAUUGACAUUUGAAUUCUGAGAUUGAAGUACCAUGGCAAACUGGAAUGCAUUUUCAAUACAUUCACGGCCUAAGUUUUAUUUAUUUAUUUUUUUUUUAAAAGAAAGAAAGAAAAUCCAAAUUAGGAUUUCAUAGCCACUUUGCAUAUUAAAAUACACUUUGUGCAAAGUGUUUUCGAAUAGCAUUAUUAAAUUGCAUAAUGAAUUGUCAGUUUCAUAUUGUGAUGUCUUAUUGAAUUGCAAUUGCAAAUUGCAUUGCCAUUUGAAUUAUGCUACAUAUACUGUAUGCUUCUAUAGAAAACGAUCAACACCACAAAAAGCUACAGUAGAUUAAUGUGCUGUCUUCAUGACACUGCUUGCAUUCUCCAUUCAAUUUUAUUUAUUUACAUUUUCUUUAUUUAUAGUGUCGAAAACAAUAAAUGUUGAUGAAAAAAAUAUUCAUAAAAUGUUAAAGAAUCUAACGUUUGUUAACUGACAUCACUCCUACCAU